UCAGGACCCGGAUUAGGACCCGGAUUAGGACCCGGAUUAGGACCCGGAUCACCCCCUGUGGGGCAGGGACAUGCGGCCCCAUAGGACAGGGUGACCAUGUCAGGCGCCUCAGUGACUGUUGCCGUCCGUGUCCGUCCCUUCAACACCCGCGAGACACAACAACAGUCCAAGUGUGUGGUGCAGAUGUGUGGGAACACCACCUGCAUCACCAACCCCAAGCUCCCCAAUGACAGCACCAAGAGCUUCACCUUCGACCACUCCUUCUGGUCCCACACAUCGGAGUCCGACCCCCACUUCGCCUCCCAGCUCCGGGUGUACGAGUCCAUCGGAGCUGAGCUCCUGCUCCAGGCUUUCCAUGGCUACAACGUCUGUGUCCUGGCCUAUGGGCAGACUGGGGCUGGCAAGUCCUACACCAUGAUGGGGACAGCAGAGCCAGGACAGCGAGGCCUCAUCCCACAGCUGUGUGAGGAUCUCUUCGCCCGUGUGGCAAAGGAAGGAUCCUCUGAGGUGUCCUUCUCGGUGGAGGUCAGUUACAUGGAGAUCUAUUGCGAGCGCGUCCGUGACCUGCUGACCCCUAGGGGCCGGGGGGGGGGACUGCGCGUGCGCGAGCACCCCCUGCUGGGGCCCUACGUACAAGACCUAUCGCGAUUGGCUGUGACGUCACUCGGCGACAUCGCCGAGCUAUUGGACAGCGGCAACAAGGCUCGUACGGUGGCGGCCACGGCCAUGAAUGCAUCCAGUAGCCGGUCCCAUGCGGUGCUGAGCAUAGUGCUGAGCCAGAGGAGGAGGGAUCCGCUCAGCCAGUUGUGCAGUGAGAAGGUCAGCCGCAUCAGCCUGGUGGACCUUGCAGGCAGCGAACGAGCCGACCACGCUGGGACCUCAGGGCUGCGCCUCAAGGAAGGGGCCAACAUCAACAAGUCCCUGACCACAUUGGGUAAAGUCAUCUCUGCCCUGGCCGAGGCGCAAAACAAGAGGAAGAAACCGGAUUUCAUCCCAUAUAGGGACUCGGUGUUGACCUGGCUACUGAAGGAGAACCUGGGAGGCAAUUCCCGCACUGCUAUGAUUGCUGCACUGAGUCCUGCUGAUAUCAACUAUGAGGAGACCCUGAGCACCCUAAGGUACGCGGACCGCACACGUCACAUCCGGUGUCACGCGGUGGUGAACGAGGACCCCAACGCGAGGCUGAUCCGGGAGCUGCGGAGGGAGGUGGCGCGGCUGCGGGAACUGCUGCGUGCGCAUGCGCCGCCGCUCGCCGGGCCAGACCAUGAGCCGCCCAAUGACCCCCCCCCUGCCGAGCCCCCCCCUCCCACUGCCGUCAAUGGGGCCACGGAGCUGCUGCCCCCCCUCAGUGCUGCGGAGGCAAUGGAGAGGCUGCAGGAGUCCGAGAGGAUCAUGGCAGAGCUGAAUGAGACCUGGGAGCAGAAACUGCAGCGGACGGAGGCUCUGAGGAUGGAGAGGGAGGCUCUGCUGUCCGAGAUGGGGGUCGCUCUACGUGAGGACGGGGGCACCAUGGGGGUCUUCACCCCCAAAAAGACCCCACACUUGGUGAACCUCAAUGAGGACCCACUGAUGUCCGAGUGUCUCCUGUACCACAUCAAGGAUGGGGUCACCAGAGUGGGUCGCGUGGACGUGGACAUUAAGCUCUCAGGACCCCAUAUAGAGGAUCAGCAUUGCCUGUUCCGCAGCCAGCCCGGCCCUAUAGGGGAAGUGGUGGUGACACUGGAGCCGUGUGAGGGAGCUGAGGUCUAUGUCAAUGGGCAGCGGGUGACGGAGCCGCUGGAGCUACAGUCGGGGAGCCGCCUGGUGCUGGGUCAGUCCCACGUGUUCCGGUUCACACACCCGGAGCAGGUCAGGCGCCUGCGGGGUCAGCCCCGUGACCCCCCCGUGACCCCUCCCGAGGACCCCCCAGACUGGAGCCAGGCCCAACGGGAGCUACUGGAGCUACAGGGGAUUGAUGUGCGACCGGGGGGGGGAACGGGGCUGCAGGACCCCGAGAACCGGCAGGAGGCAGCUGAGGAGCAGAGAGAGCCCAUCCCCCCCUCCCCCCGUCGCUCCGGGAGGCGCCGGGAGCCCCUCCGGGUGUACCAGAUCCCACAGCGCCGAGCGGUGACCCCUGACCCCCCCCGGAGCCGGGGGCACCCCGAGGAUGGUACCAGUACCGGUACUGGUGGUACUGGUGUUACUGGUGGCACCAGUACCGGUGUUACUGGUGGUACCGGUGGUGUCAGUGGUACUGGUUAUACCGGUGCCAGUGUUGGUACUGGUGGUACUAGUGUUGCCAGUGGUACUGGUGGUACUGGUGUUACUCAUGUUACUGGUGGUACCAGUGGUACUGGUGUUACUGGGUUUACUGGUGGUACUGGUGGUAUCAGUGGUAUCGGUGUUACUAGUAUUACUAGUGUUACUGGUGUUACUGGUGUUAAUGGUGCUACCGGUACUGGUGUUACUGGUGUUACUGGUACUGGUGUUACCAGUACCAUUGUUACUGGUGUUCCUGGUGUUCCUGGUGUUACUGGUGUUACUGGUGUAACUGGUACCAGUGUCACUGGUGUUACUGGUACUGGUGUUACUGGUGUGACCGGUACACAGGUAGCAGGCCUCCGCGCUCACCUGCAGCGGCUCACGGGGCUGCUAUGGGACGUCAGGCGCCAGAGCAGGUCAGAGGAGCAGCAGCUGCAGCAGCUGAGGGAGAGAGUGGGGCGCAUGGAGAGAGCCCUGCCCCAUAUGGCCGAUGAUGACGACACCGACGCUGACCCCGCCCCCUCCCCGCCCCCCCCUCGCCUGUCCCCGCUCACCCCACGUGACCCCUCCAUCCGCCGAGGGCGCCUGCGCAGCCUGAGGCCCCGCCCCCUCCAAGGCCCCGCCCCCCUGCGCUUCCCAUUCAAGAGCCACCCCCAGCACCGGGCCACGCCCCCCGACGUGACCACGCCCACCGACGUGACCACGCCCCCAUUCACCGAGGCCACGCCCAUCGCCGCCGAGGCCACGCCCCCUCCUCCGACCGACGGGCGCCCCCUAGGCUGGAGGACCCCCCCGCGCAUGCGCAGGAGGCGAUCGGCGCCGGACAUCAAGUCACGGGGUCCCCAUGCUUAAAGGGGGGCGGGGCCAAAAGGGGG